GGGCUUGCUCCUCACCCACCGCGGGUCGACCCGGUAUCGCACCUACCUCCGGGAACGGCCCAUUCAUCCUUCGGGAUGAAAAAUACUGAAAAGGGAAGUGAGUGGAUUGCAUAUGCGCGGCCAAAUCGAUUAAUUAGUAAUUAUUUCUUGGUCUUAUCUUUUCGGUACAUGCUAUCUUAA